UCAAAUAGUUCCUCGACAGUACACACAAAUCCACCCAUGUAUGUUAUCUGUUUUACAUGUAGGCGAAAUGCAGGAAAUAAUUCAAAUGCAUCUGCAUUAUAUUCAAUAAGAGGAUCGUGGUUGCUGUCUCAUUUACGUUCUAAACACGUCUGCAUUUUUUGUGAUUUUGUAGGUCGAUAUAAUCAUGCUUGGGGUUCUUGUUUUUGUCCUCACCAUAUACCAUGUUUCAAUGAGCCAUAUAUAUUACAAACAGCUUAACAGAUAUUGUUUGCCUUACUAUGAUUGUGAGCCAGGAAAUGAAAUACAACCAUGUACAGUAAACUCUACUCGUGAUUUAUGUAGACCUUGUGUUGAUGGAAUGGUCCAGCCAGAUCUUAUAUCAUCUUCAGUGAAGGGCAAUACAAAUAAUACUGCAUGUUUCAGACCCAAAAAGUAUUGUCUAGCGCAAGAUAUCACAAACAAACGAAAUUGGAACAAUGCUGAUAGAGGUUUAUGUGACAGUCUACAUGGUUGCAAGUGCAAAACAAUAGCAUGCUUCUACGGAGAUCCCUGCUUAUGUGACGAAAAAAGAGAUGGCUGCCAACCUGGAACAACAUUAAACGAAGCCGGAGAAUGCAUUCCCUGUCCAAAUGGUACAUAUAAGAAUGACAACGGCUGUGGUCCUUGUCGACAUUUGCAAAGAAGUAAUCACAUUGUCAAUCCUACUACACAGAACGCUCGUAUAGUUAGCACUUACAUAUCUUUACCAUCACCUGCACACGUUCAGAUGAAUCCAAAUAGACUGGAAGAAAAUGAUAAUCUUUUGGUAAUUUUUAUGGUUGCCCUUAGCGUGCUGAUCAUAUUAUUAUCUAUGGUUACAAUAGCGAUUUGCUUUAAAAGAUCCGGCUUUGUUCUUGCGGGGAUCUGUUGGACACAUGGGAGAGGGCAACCAGACAACACAGAUCAUAUACACAUCGAACCUUUGAUUAAAGUUGCGAAUCAAGAUGACAAUGUAACAAUUCGAAAGACAGAAGGUCGAAAUAUAACUGAUAAUCCGGGUGGUCAACCUCAAUGGCAUUAUCCAUCGCAUAAUUUUAAAAGCGGGACACAGGCAGAUGUCAUGUCUAUUUCAAACGAAUCUGGUUUUCAUGAGGGAAAUGGCAUAAUUGCAGCAGUAAAUGGCAAAUGUGAAAAUUGUAAAACGUCAACAGAUUCAACAUCAAAUUAUUACAACACGUAUCGUCAAGCUUUAAAGCAGCAAUUAACAGACGUUAAUGAAUUACCGACAAAUGCGAAAACUAGUGGCAAAAAAGACAUGAAAAUUGAAAAGAAAUUGAAAAAUAAAAUGCAGAAACCAUUAUCAAUUGAUAUACCAACAAUGAACCCCAAUGACAGUUUUAAUGUUUCUGACACAUACAGUCCAGUCACAACAGACUCUGAACCUCAUACUCUUUGGACAGGAAUUGGUCAAGCGCAUCAAAGUGAUACCAGUGGCUAUCAAACUCAAUCUAAUGAGGCUUCCGGGGACUACAUGUCUAUGCAUGUGUCUAGUAAGUAUACCACUAAACAGUAGUGACAAUAAUGAGACGAUACUCAGUAAUCUGGAAAACUUUAAUUUUGGAAUCAAAGGUAUUAAUAUGAACACUUUUAAUAGCAUGAGCGGCCAAUCAGAAACAGAAAUGAAACAUUGUGGUUCAAAAAGCAUUGACAGUGGAGUGUCUCUAACAUACAAACAUCCAGAUAUAUAAACAGAAAAUAUAAGACAUAAAACGCAGAAGACACAAAGCCGUCAGUGUUAAUUAAUGGUAAUUUAGUCUGAUUACUAUCAUAUUCUUGGAAAUUAGAUUAAAUCUAAUAAAAAUGUAUGAUAUUGAUCGUACAUUCCAAAUGCGUGUUCCUAGUCUGUAUUGAAAUGACGGGUUUGAGAUGCUAUACAAAGGAUGUGGUUACAUGUAAUGUAAAUAAUUUACAAGUAAGCAACAGAAAAUUGUGUUUGGUAUGUAAACCGUGCAAUAUUAUUAUUUAAGAACUGUAUGUAGGUUUUGUUAUCUACUGAUGCAUUCAUAAACAAUGUGUACAUAAACAAUGUAUUCAUAAUUAAUGUGUUCAUAAACAGUGUGUACAUAAGCAGUGUGUUCAUAAUCAAUGUGUUCAUAAACAAUAUUUUCAUAAUCGAUGUGAUCAUUAACAAAGUGUUCAUAAUUAAUGUGUUUAUAAAUAAUGUAUUCAUAAUCAAUAUGUUCAUGAACAAUGUGUUCAUACUCAAUGUGUUCAUUAACAUUGUAUUCAUUAUCAAUGUGUUCAUAAAAAUGUGUUCAUAAUUAAUGUGUUCAUAAACAUGUGUUCAUAAUUAAUGUGUUCAUAAGCAAUGUGUUCAUGAAUAAUGUGUUCCUAAUUUCUUUUAAAUGUACUCUGCUAAUGUUUUGGUCAAAUCGAAUGCAUGAAACAUACAAUACCAUACGUGUUGAUUAUUCUUUGCUGACUGUCAGUUGAAGCACUGAAUAACAACUUGAUAUGUAUAUUUCUUGAUUUCAUAUAAACUGUGGACUAAUGCUUUUAGUCAAACAUGCUUUAUUUUAAACCACUAUAUGUUUUUAUGCAUGUGAUUGAUAUCUGUAUUCUGAUAAAACGAAACGCUAUA